AACUCACAAACUCGCAUUAACAUGGCUCAUCACCGCCCUACACAGAGUGAGGCGCUCAAGAUGCCCCACACAGUGAGCUUGAAAGUACUGAGACUGUCCCGACCAUCGCUGGCCACACAGUACCCUCUCCCCAACUCCGAAGCGCUGGGCAUUGCACCAUCCGCCUCCCUCGCCUACCCUGCCUCUAAUCCAUCGUCCACCUCGCAAUCAAUCCUUAGUCCCGUGUUGAACCUGCCCGAAGCUUUUGGCAGCGCCUAUGUCGGCGAAACAUUCUCCUGCACACUAUGCGCGAACAACGAACUAGACCCCUCAGACAAGACGCGAACGAUCAGCAAUGUACGGAUACAAGGGGAUAUGCAAACACCAUCUACGCCUACCGGCUCUACCCUAGAGCUGAUUGCCUCAGACAACAGCAAAGAAGGAAAGGGUGACGAGAAUGUAGAAAGUACACCGGGGCCGGGUGAGAGUUUACAGCGGAUACUCAGGUUUGAACUCAAGGAGGAAGGAAACCACGUGCUCGCCGUUACAGUCACAUACACGGAGUCAACAACCACAGGAGAAGGGACGGCGGUCAAUGGAAAAGUGAGGACGUUCAGGAAGCUAUACCAGUUCGUAGCACAACAGUUACUUAGUGUGCGGACCAAGGCAGGAGAGUUGAGUGUCAAAGACGGCGUAGGUCGAUAUCUUUUGGAAGCGCAGUUGGAAAAUCUGGGAGAAGGGCCAGUGUCACUCGAGACUGUUGAUCUCAACCCGAAAGCUCCUUUUAAGUCAACAUCACUAAACUGGGAUUCACAUCCCCAUGAAACCGACACACUGGCAGCGCCGAUAUUAAACCCUAGGGAUGUGAUACAAGUGGCUUUCCUCCUGGAGGAUUCAAUAUCUACAGAGCCGCCCAUAGACGCAGAGAAAUCGAAUGCAGACGAUAGUAGGAGAGUUUUGGGACAAUUGGCUAUCCAAUGGAGAAGCGCACUGGGGGACUAUGGAUCUCUGAGCACGGGUUGGCUCACGAGUCGUAAAUGA